GUACCGUUAGCACGCAGCGGAGCGGGCAUCCAUCAGCGUGUGAGGCGCAGUAGGGUGCGCUGCCUCCUUUGUCUUUGUUUCUGUUAGCUCUUGCUUUGUUUCUUCGUAGCCUUUUUUUUUUAUAGCACAGAUCCGACGAUGCUGCGACAAACGUGUGUGCUGGCGGCGGCGGAGUUCAAGCAGAAGUCCCGCUGGUCCGGCGUGUGGCCGAACAUGCACUACGGUGCUAUGUAUCUGCAGUACAGCGUCGGCCGUCAGCUGCCGAUGCAGGGCGUGAACUGGGUGACGCGUGACUCGAACCGCCUCGUGAACUUUAGUGCGCGCUACCAAUCUGUGAUCGACGACGUCGAUGUGAAGCGCAACGAGGAGGAGCUGCAGAUUGCUUUGACCGACGUGCGGUGGAACGACCACCGACGCAUCUUCUGGCGGUGCUCCUUCUGCGGCGCGUCCUACCGCAAGAGUGUCUCGGUGCGCAUCAAGUACCACGCGGGAUGCAACUUCUGCAAGGGCCGCUACGCGUCGGAGGUGCUGCGGGAACAGACAGUCGUGCAGCCGCUGAAGGAGACGCAGCCCAACCUGUUCGGCAAGCUGGCGGAGAAUGAAAGGAACGACAACGUCGGCUCGUUGGGCGUGACGAGCAAGUUCCGUGCGCAGUGGACGUGCUCGUGCUGCGGGCAGCCGUACCGCGCCACUAUUCGCAGUCGUACAGGGCUGGUCGAGCCCGGACAGACGCCGCUGCAUCCACAAAUCACGCAGUGGACGUCAGUGUGCCCGUCGUGUGCGUGGAAUGCGAACAUGAAGUCCCUGGCGGAGCGGACCAUGAAGGAAGGCCAAUUUUUGGGUCUGGACGCGUCUCUGGAGGAGGUGGCGGCGGCAGGCUCUACGAAGAAGAUUCCACGGCGAAAGAAAAUGGUCGUGUAG